UGUUGACAAGGGCCACACUAGAUAGCUUUGCGGUCACUAAAUAGCUUUUCCUGUUGCAAACCGCUGGUCUAAACCAAACAAGAAAAAAUACCGUUUUCAACAGACCAGUAGGUCGUUUCAUAUCAGUGGUUGCUUUUACAAAGUGUUGUUUUGAAGCAAACUUGCUAUAAACUUCGGUAACUAAAAAAUGACUGCCAACAGAUAUCGGAUUUAUUAGUUUGCCCUAAGUUUUCAUCGAAUACCAGAAUGCAGAAAACACUUUAAAGUAAUAUUCCCUGUUUAAUUUCAGGUUGUAUAUACAGCAUUGGUGGUUACACCAACCAAGUAGAAAGAUUUGACCCAACAUCAUCAACUUGGUCAUUUGUUGCAUCCAUGAAUGAAGCAAAGGGAUGGGUCGCAGCUGUUGAAAAUGAAGGAAAUAUAUAUGUUCUAGGUGGAGAGACGAACAAUCACUUGACAACUGUUGUUGAACGCUAUGAUAUUUCAACAAACGUGUGGUCUAUGGUAACUCCCAUGUUAACUGAACGUAGCUUGUUCAAUGCUUUUGUGAUUGAUACAAAUAUUUACGCAGUUGGAGGAAUGUAUAGUUCAGGAAGCAUGGAAAAGUUUGAUUUCAAGAAGAAUCAAUGGGAGAUGAUUGACAUGAAGAACAUGAAACUGAGUAUACUCGAUGCAGUGAAAAUUAAUUUGAAGUGAUUUGAUUGUAUAUGACAGAGAAUAGUCAGUUACCAUUUAAGGACAUACUUGUAGUUUAUGUUUGUAUUCUUACUAAUAUGAAAUUGUAUGAUAGAUAUUUGACAUUCGAUGGGUACUUGUGUUACCAGUGAGUGAACUUUGUAUACUUCUAUAAUGAAUUCCUGCAUUACUUACUGUCAUUAAAUAGUUUUCUUCAUUUCCCAGCAACAUUAACUCACUGGACAAAGAUAAAGAUAUGUUUACAACUGAUGCUGAGAAAAUUUUUUUUAAAUGUUUGAUUGUAUUCAACACCUUUUGUAUCAUUUCUGAGAGAAUUUCAUUCAUAACACGGUUGCGUAGUCGCAGAAAAUUUUGGCCUAUUAAAAAAACUAGCCUUGGGGUUGAUGGACCUUUCGAAUCUUGCUCUCAGCGGCAGGAAAACAGAGUUUAUGAACCUUCUUACAUUGGCUCAGACUCCAUAAUCCUGAUUUAGCUUACUUACCAUUGAAAAUUAAUUUUUGGCAAAUUGGAGAAUGUGGAAUAUGAUGUCCUUGUUACGUGGAAUUUGGCACGAAUAUUAUAUGUCGUUGGAAACGAGUGUUUGAAUAGCUAGUUGCAAUGAAAAGUUAUUAUUUCCAUUCAGUUUUCAUGCCAUUGAAUAUUAUCUAGGUAUGAAAUAUUGUUCUUUGUGUUCUUC